AUGGCAUCAGAAAAACGGAUUGGUUGGGUUGUUACAGCAUUUUUUAUUGUGGCCGAUAUGGUUGGCAGUGGUGUUGUCGCUAUGCCUGUCGCUUUCCUAAAAACAGGUCUAAGUCUUGGUGUAGCAUUGAUGCUUGUGAUAUCAAUAAUAUUUGCAUAUACAGCACAUCUGCUUGGCCAAAAUUGGGUGAUUCUGCAAGAACGAUGGCCAAUUUAUAGGAGUCAUUGCAGAAAACCAUAUGUGGAAAUUGCAUUACGUAGUAUGGGCAAAAAUAUGAAGGUUGCUGCAUCACUGAUAGUCUACAUAACCCUGUUUGGUACAGCUGUUGUGUAUAUCUUGUUGUCCACAAAGAUAUUUGAUUACUUCCUGUAUUCUUAUCUGAAUGCUAGACUGAAUUUCUGCUAUCUGCUAUGCAUUGUAUCGUUGGCAAUAAUGCCGCUUACCUAUCUCAAGUCUCCAGCACAUUUCUGGGGUGUAAUUGUAUUUGCUAUGCUUUGUACAAUUCUUGCUGUAAUUCUAAUUGCAAUGGGAAUCGGUGAAGAUGCAUCUACAUGUCAUCCGGAAGUUAAUUAUCCAAUUUUUUAUCUUCCAGAUGCUAUACUUGGGUUUGGCACAUUUCUUUUCGCAUUCAGCGGUCAUCAUUGUUUUCCAACAAUUCAAGCUGAUAUGAAAAAUGCUAGAGAUUUUUCCAAAUCAGUAAUUGUUGUGGUUGCCAUACUGUAUAUGCCACUCUCCGUUUUUGGUUAUGUGGUUUACGGUGACAGUAUGAGGGAUUCUGUGAUAGAUUCAGUGCAAAUGCCAUGGAUUCGAGAAACUGCUAAUUUGGCAAUUGCAGUACAUUGUAUCCUAACGUUGAUUAUUAUGGCAAACCCGCUGAGUCAACAAAUUGAAGAAUUCUUUAAAUUCUGUUCAGAUAAUUUAUCACCAUUUGGUGUAGAACGAGUCUUGAUAAGAUCAGGAUUAUUAGCACUGAUGCUAUUUUGCGCACUAACAAUUCCUGACUUUGGGCCGUUUAUGAACCUAGUUGGAAGUACCACAAUCCCGGCUGUUUGUGCAGUUUUGCCCUGUAUUUUUAACCUCUACCUGAAUGCUGCAACAUUUGAUAAGAAACGGAACGAUUAUGUCGCUCCAAUUUUAAACACUGGCAAAAAAAUUAACAGAACAUUAGUCGAUAAAUUUUCAGGGUUAGCAAUAGGCGUUGGCCUUAUAGCAGCAUACUUGUCACUAAACGACAUUUUCAAUGUCAAUUUCACUCCACCAUGCUAUUUACGCUACAUCUUUCCAUCGAAUACCUCAGUAAUGGAAGAAAUGCAAGUGAACUGCUGUGGACGCUAUCGUAAUCUGAAUCGAUUUGCGAACGGCACGGAUUUAUGUCGUCUACGAGAAAUUUGA